GAUGCUCUCAAUUCCUCAUCCGUUGUCUAAACUAAGAACAAGGAGCAACUGAUGCGUUUGCAUGCAGUUGUGAUGGAAGGCUCUGUGUCGAAUUUAGAGAUCUGCAACUUAGCCUACACUGGCAAAUUUGAACAACUUAAAAAAUGUAUUUUAUCUGAUAAAACUCUCGCAACAAAAACAGACCAGGAUCAUAGGACUGCUCUGCAUUGGGCUUGUUCAGCUGGACAUGCGAAUAUUGCUCAGUUUCUUCUGGAUAUCGGAGUUGAAGUGAAUCUUAAAGAUGACGCCUCCUGGACUCCUCUACAUAUUGCAGCUUCUGCAGGAAGAGAAGAAAUUGUGAGAUCAUUAAUAUCCAAAGGGGCACAACUGAAUUCAGUGAACCAAAACGGCUGCACCCCCUUGCAUUAUGCAGCAUCAAAGGACCGAUAUGAGAUAGCCCUGCUUUUGUUGGAAAAUGGUGCAGACCCUAAUGCUACAGAUAAAUUAGCAUCUACACCCCUUCACAGGGCAUCAGCAAAGGGCAACUACCAUCUUAUUCAACUACUUCUUAAACAGAGUGCUUCUACCAAUAUUCAAGACUCAGAGGGAAACACACCUCUUCAUCUGGCAUGUGAUGAAGAGCGGGUAGAGGCUGCAAAACUCUUAGUUGAACAUGGUGCCAGCAUCUACAUUGAGAAUAAGGAGGAGAAGACCCCCUUGCAAGUUGCCAAAGGUGGGCUUGGAACUUUGCUUAAGAGAAUUGUAGAGGGCUGAAGUAUUCACUGAACAACUCCUAGAAGGGUAGUGCAUAGGCAGAUGCACAACAAAUGUGAUGAAGAAUAACCAUUUGACCAAAAGGAUGGCAGACGACAACAACCACAAAAACGCUGCCAAUGAAAAUAAGAGAACUAGUGCAGGAAUUACGAGUGCUUGGGCUGUAAAGUGUGAAAAGUACAUACAUGACUUAUGUACAUUAUGAAUGUUCUGAAAUAUAUUUAAAAUUUUUGUUUAAGUUUAGUAUUUCAGGGUUGACAACUAACCCAUGCGCUUCUUUUGCACCUACCUACAUAUAGUUUUGUUUUUGGGCUGGUUUUAAAGUAUGGAAAUCUUGCACAAUAAUCAUUUAGUUCACAAAUGUGGAAAUUAUUAUUAAAAGAAAAUAAAAUGAAUUGAUGUAAUCUAAAUUAACUUGUAUUUAAUAUACAGAUGAAGUACGUUAUUUUUACCCCAUGCUGAGUGAGCCUUAUUUCUCUCCUAACACAACUGUGGUUUGAUGAAUGUACAUGAUGCUUCCCUUUGGCAAAGACAGCUUUUAGCCUGAAGAUUGCUGGGGACUUGGAAUCUCAAAUACCAUAUAUAAUUAUCCAACCCUUAGACAUCCCAGUGUAUGUGACAGCAAAAUGCAUAUUUGUUUUUUCCAAAGCAGGUUCAUGGUGCCAUUAAACACAUUCUUUCUUUUUCUUUUUUUUUCCUUGAGUGAGGAUUUUCAGACUUAGUCAGUUUCAUAGGAUUUAACUCGUACAUUUCAACAACCACUUGCAGACUUUUGACUCAUGUUUUUUGUGGUUUUUGACCUUCCUUGUUUUAAUAGAAGGCAAAUGUCAUACAAGAAUAUUUAAUAGUUUGUAAAGACUUAAUUGAUUAGUGUAAAGAAUUAAUUUACUGAUUAAACAAAUCUAUAAGUUAAAGCUUCAAUUAGAUUUUGUUCAUUGGUAUAUUUAACUAGUAAUUGUUACAUUCUGUUUCUUGAAGAGGAGCUGUUUUUCUCUUAUUUACUUUCUUUCUGAUUGAAGGUUAGAUUUCUUUUUUUCACAUCUGCUGUAUCGAACAUGGUUAAAAAACAAAAUCUUGAAAUUAAGGAAACAAA